CGCCGUCACGAAGAUGGAGACUCCAUGGGCUGAAGUUCUAGGUCUUACAACACCGUCACAUAUAAGUAGUAAAAUAAAAACAAGUGAUUAAAAGAAAUGAUAUGAAACUUGUCGCUCGUCUGAAAAAGCUACAACCAACAGACAAAGAACUAAUAUUUUUUUUAUCUCUUUUAAAUUAGGAAGUUAUUAUAAUAUGUAUGUUCCAAGCUGCUAUAUGAGAAACAGUAACUAUGUGCAUCUCUUCAAUGAAUUUUUUGUUGUCGCAUGAAUCGAUCCACCCAAGUGAAUCAUGACACGGAAAAGUUACAUGGCCCGAAGAAGGAUGGUGUUUCCUCACGCACGUUCACUACUCUUGAUGUCCCUGAUGCUGCUGGUGAUGCAACUACCGGCACACGUCUUGUCUACAGUCAACAGGAAAAGGUGCCCCUGCGCCAGUGCAAAACUAGAUAAUGACACUGUUGUCCUGAAAGAGAACCUUACUGACACCACCACCAGGGCGAGGGAGCUGAACUGUUGUGCCCGCCGUCUUCUGGCCGCCUUUGACCCGUUAUAUCAUCCUAACGACUCCAUCACCAUUGUGUGGUAUUUCAAAGGUAAGGAAUAUAAAGUGGAAGAACAGUGGUCUAAACAAGUAAGCACCUUUGAAAUUGGUUUUUGCGGCCUGGAGACGCUGGAAAGCAAUAAUUUGAAGUUUCGAGACGAGGGCGUAUAUAGCUGUGCGGUAACCUCAUCCAGCGGGGCCUCCGUCACCAAGAACUUUUCUUUGUGCCUCAAGAUGAACGAGGACCUAGGAAAGCCUCCUUUCAAUCCAUACAUCUCAGAAAAUGCUCUAGCUUUACUGAGGCACACGGUCAUCUUCAGUUGUUCGGCGUACGUCGGGGAACGUCGCUGCGCAAGGAAGGAAGACUACCGCAUCGUGUGGACCAAGGAACUCUCGAAUGGCUCGUGGGUGGAGGCCUCUGCGCUGGCCCACACUGACGUUACUACGCCAGGUGUUGAGAACGAUGUGAUGAAGAGUCGAUUAACAAUACGCAGCGUGGAAACAGAGCAUUUUGGGCGCUACCAUUGCACCGUCACCAAUCCCAUCGGCAGCCUCAUCCUCAACGUCACCCUCAGCAACGGAGUGCCGCCAUUGGCUCGGGUGAAGGGGCAGUACCUGGCGGCGCUUGUCACUCUGGUGGGCGCUGUGAUGUCCCUGGUAGCAGCAGUGUUGUUUUGCCAUCGAUGUCAGGUGGCCUUCUCACUUCAUUACCGUCAGAAGAAGACAUUGUCGUCAGAGGACCACCAGUACGAUGUGUUCCUGGUUCACGGAGAGUCUGCCUCCCGCUGGGUAUGCUCCUUCCUGUUGCCGGCAUUGGAAGACUCCUUUGGCUACACGUGUUUCCUGCCACAACGGGACAUGUGCGGUGGAAGCAUGAUCCUCGAGGAAGUGGCGGAGAUGGUGUAUGAUUGCCGCUGCGUGGUGGUGGUGGUAACUCCGUGUUUGCUGGAGACCCCUUGGGCUGCUUGGGCACUGCACAACGCUAUGAAAGCCGCAUUGCAGGCACGCACUCGUCUCCUCGCCCUUCUUCUACAGGACCUGAAGCCCAGAAAAGGAACCCCCGACACUAGUGGUAUUGUUGGCGUCCUCAAGCAAGUUAGAAAGAUUCCUGUCCCGCGAUCAAGCAAAUGGGAAGAUUUCAAGCCGAAAAAGGAUCUGCAUCCUCAAAGUCCACCUCAAGAAGACACGAAGGUACUCGAGGCCACUAACUGUUCGAAGUCUUUGAGUGUGGAUACGACGGUGUGCAGGUCUCGUUCCAAGUCCCCGAAGAAGCAGAAACUCUCUAAUAUGAUUUCUAGUGGCCACAUAGACUCAAGAGAUACUGCAAGAGAUAAAACAGAACUAAGUCCUGUCAUAUUUCUAGAAAAUGAAAACUCAGUAGAUCCUUGUUCUCCAUGUUCAGAGACACCUUUCAUCUGUCCAUCGUCAGCGGAUGUACAAAAGCAUAAAGCCAUCUUGGUUGAGUCGAAGAAAAAGCCAUCACUGAGCACCUUCCUGAGUGUGCUGUGCGCGGGUGACCAGCAGGAGAUAUUUUGGCACACUUUCCUGGGAUGGCUUGGGGCCUCAGGUGCUACCAUGCCACAACAACACGCCUCUCCCACUACGUGUUCUGCUUAACCCCUUCAGUACUGGGAUACAUUUAUACCUUGAGAUCUGUGUACGAUUAGACCAAUUUAUUUACAUUUAGGAGGGUCUAUGGAGGUCAAAAGAUUAAUGGCCACAGUCUUCACAAAUUUAAUCUCCUCAUGAGUUCCUGAAUCUAUAUAAAAUUACCAAAUAAUAAGCAGAAUGAAUAUAGAAACGCGUCAUGGUACUGAAGGGGUUAAAGCAACAACAGUCAAACUAGCAUAUCUGUUCUCUUUUUUGACAUCUUACAGGAUAUAUAAAUCCUCAGAGCUGAGGAUGUGAGCAGACGCGUAGUGUAGUGGUUAGCACGCUCGACUCACAAUCGAGAGGCCCGGGUUCGAGUCCCGGGAAGCGGCGAACCAAAUGGGCAAGCCUCUUAAUGUGUGGCCCCUGUUCACCUAGCAGUAAAUAGGUCCUGAAGAUGCCUUCUGUCUGUGAGGCGAAACGUUGGAAAAUUAUAAAGCAGGAGAUAUGAAGAUUUCCAUGGUGAUUUCCCUGCACGUUUAGUAUCCU